AUGGAGGAUUUGGAUGAUACUUGCAAUGUUUUUAAUAAGGAAUUUCCAUCUGGCAGUUUUGAAAUUUUGAAACACUUGGAUGAAAUGGUGGGUAGAAGUACGGUAAAACAACGACCAACACUGCCGCGUGAAUCAACCAUUAAAGAUCUCGUACAAACACCCACGUCUUUGCCUACAAGCAGCACAUCUGCGUUAUCAACACCAGUGGAUACUUCUUCUCGAGCACUUUUAACAAACAAUGGAAAUUGCGAAUUUAGCGAAAUUGAUAGUCUAAUUCAGAGAUACUUAGCAAGCACGCAGUAUAAAACGGCAUUGUUUUGGGCGGACAAACGACUAGCAUUAUGUCGAAGGAAUGGAUCCCAACCAUUACUUGUUGAUAUGGCUCGGUUUAUCAGGGUUUUGGCAGCUGCUGGAGAAUGGACACGUUUGAUGGCUUACUGUGACCGUCAUGAACUUAUUAUGAAGCACAUAUUCUUCGCUUAUUUUUACGUAAAUGCACUUUACAGAAAGAAAUUAUUUAUCGAUAUACUCAAGUUAAAAUUGGGUACUGGAGAUCGGUGCCAUGAUCUUGUAUUCUCCAUUAUGCCCCAUAUGGUUCAACUCUCCAAACCAAAGUCUUUCAUUCCAAGUUCUGAAGAAAUAGCUUCGCUUGAUAAAAUGUCAGAAGAUUUGAAGAUCGAAGCAGGACUACUGCUUUUGUUAGGAAAAGCUUAUUUGAUGACUCAAAACCGUCGCGCAGCAUUCUCUUGUUUACAAGGAGCCGUUUGUAAAGAUGAUUCUUGUAUAGAAGCAUUUGAGCUUAUUCAAAAAUAUCGACUUUAUUCAAAACAGCGCUUCGAAGAGUUGAUUGAAAGAUCUGGAAAUAAAAGCAGUAUGAUUGUGGCUCUUCGGAACUAUUAUUUUUCGCAAGGAAGUAAAAAUCUGAAUUCGGAUACUUCAGUGAAUGAUGCUUUAAGAAUGGAUUUAUCAAUUCUUACUGCACGAGCCGCACAUUUGUACCAAACUGGAGAUCUCACCGGAGCUUAUAAUAUCACGAAUGAAAUUUUGAGCGAGGCUGGCAUGUUUCAGGAUUGUUUGUUAAUUCAUAUCGCAACCUUGGUACAAUUGCAAAAAUUCGAAAGCCUCUUUAUAUUAGCACAUCAAUUGGUCGAUAGUCAACCAGAUAACGAAGUUAGUUGGUAUACCGUUGGUUGUUAUUACUAUUCCAUUGGACAUUUGGGAGCAGCAAAAAACUUUUUAAAUAAAUGCACAUCGAUGAACUGUACAUUCGGUGAAGGUUGGUUAGCAUUUGGACAUGCGCUUACUGCAGAAUCAGAGCAUGAACAAGCAAUGAAUUGCUAUUUGAGAGCAUCGCGGGUGCUGGAAGGUAGCUUCGAACCAUUGCUAUACAUAGGACUGGAGUAUGCUUAUGCAAACAAUACAAAGUUGGCACAAGAUUUUUUAAAGGAUGCAGCUGAAAUAGCUGGUGAUAACGCGCUUGUGUUACAUGAGCAAGGUUGCAUUUGCUACAUGAAAAAAGAAUGGAAAAAUGCUGAAACAUUUUUCACUAAGGCUCUGCUAUUAGCAUACAACGAGACGGAUGAAUCUGCUCACGUAUGUGAUUUGCUAAAUCGGCCGUUGAGCGAAUUUUGGGAACCGCUUGUAAAUAAUCUGGGGCAUGUAAAGUGCAAACUCGGGUCUUACGAGGAGGCUAUCAAGUUUCAUCAGAAAGCACUUCUAAUGUGUCCAAGGAAACUAGGUCCAAAUGCCGGACUAGCAAUAGCAGCAGGUCGAGCUGGAGACAUCGAUCGAGCUGUUCAUUAUUUCCAUAAGGCGCUUAGUGUGGAUCCGCAUAAUAAGGUGUUGGAGCAAGGACUUCAUCAACUUAUGCAUUUUUUGGGGACGCGCGCCAACUUCUUAUCAUCGUGUAAUAGAACCCCAACUCUUAUGAUUGGACCAUUCGAAAAAUUCCUGGUGACGAAAGCUGAUCUAGAGGGAGACUCUUACGAAAAGCAAGCUCAACAAAAAGCAUUGGAAACGCUUAAGAGGAAGCGUGCGAAACGUGGCUCUCAAGAAGACUGCGGAAGGAGGGUUUUGGAUCAGCGCAUAAAAACACAUGAUACCAAUCCAACGGAUGUUGAAAUGGCUUAG